AAAUCAAAAUGCCCCAAUUUGAUAGUUAAUUUCCCUGUUCUUGGUCUACCAAAAUAAUCUCGCCCAGAAGAACAGAACGAAACUUUUAUUCGUGUUCGUUGGCUCAGUCGGAAGCUAAUGGCUGCCAUCUUAGCUCGCAAGUCUCUUUACGCACUUGCCGCUCGUCGCCUUGCUGUGUCUGGAGAAGUUUCCAAUCAAUAUGCACUACGAUCUGGUGCACACUUUUAUUCCACCAAACAAGAGGAUAGAGAGAGAGCGCAGCUUGAAAAGGAGCUUUCCAAGGAUUGGAGUUCUAUUUUUGAGCAAAGCAUAAACACCCUAUUUCUUACUGAAAUGGUUCGUGGUUUGAGUUUGACCCUCAAGUACUUCUUUGAGAGAAAAGUCACCAUCAAUUACCCAUUUGAGAAGGGUCCUCUGAGCCCUCGUUUUCGUGGGGAGCAUGCCCUUCGACGGUAUCCAACUGGAGAGGAACGUUGCAUUGCCUGCAAACUCUGUGAAGCUAUAUGUCCUGCACAAGCCAUCACAAUUGAGGCUGAGGAACGUGAAGAUGGAAGCCGAAGGACAACAAGGUAUGAUAUUGACAUGACGAAGUGCAUCUACUGCGGAUUAUGCCAAGAGGCAUGCCCUGUUGAUGCAAUUGUUGAGGGACCCAACUUCGAAUUUGCAACCGAGACUCAUGAGGAGCUUCUGUAUGACAAAGAGAAGCUACUUGAGAAUGGAGACCGUUGGGAAACAGAGAUUGCAGAGAACCUGAGAUCUGAGAGCCUCUACCGCUGAUAUCUCUUGCCAGUUGAUGACCAAAAUUUUCUCAUGAAAAAUAAAAGAUCUGUAUAUUGGGUCUUGGAAGAUUUGUAUUUAAAUUUUUUGUUUUUUUCAGUAUAAUUCAGUAAUGGUUCUUGUUGAACUUGAAAUUCUUGCUGCAUGUAGAGACUGAAAGUGAUGGCUGAUGGGUAUAGACUCCAAAUACAAGAGUCAAAUUUUCUGUGUAGAAUUUCUCGUUUGAUGAUCACCUAGGGACAAAUCAUGUUUUGAACAGAUUUUGUUGUAAUUUGCUCUUGGACAUCUUCAAAUAAGACUUUACUUGAUGGGCUAA